AAAGUGCAAGCAGUCGAGAAAAGAAGCAGGAACUCGUUAGCAUCAUCAAUACUAUAACAAUACUAUAACAGGCACUACGAGGGCAACAAACAGUCGUGAGUGUCGAGACAUUGUCGUACAAGAAGGCAGCGAAGCACGGACAAUGGGUGGGCUGACGGCGCAGCAGUUCUGCCUCAAGUGGAACCAGCACCACGGCAGCUUGGUGUCCGUGUACGAAGAGCUGCGCAGCCGCGACGCCUUCGUCGACGUGACGCUGGUGUGCGAGGAAGGCGUGAGCAUCAGGGCGCACAAGUUAGUUCUCGCGGCGUGCAGCCCCUUCUUCGAGACUCUGUUCGAGCGAAACCCGUGCGCGCACCCGGUGGUCAUCAUGAGCCAGACGCGCGAGGCCGACCUGCGCACGCUGCUCGAGUUCAUGUACCGCGGCGAGGUGAACGUCGCGCAGGACCAGCUGCCCGCGCUGCUGCGCACCGCCGAGCUGUUCCAAGUACGCGGGCUGGCCGAGGUGGCCGGCGAGAACACCCCGGACGAAGCGGCACAACACGCGUCGCACCAGCCGGCCUCCAGGGCCGGCCGGCUGCCCAAGCGCAAGCAGCGCACGCCGCCGCCGCAUUCGCAGCCCGCGGCACCGCGACACGAUGAACCGAGCCCGGUGAGCGUUGAGAGACCGGACAGCCCCGAGCCGGCAGCCGCGGCGCCCAAAGCGCGCUCGGCUGUCAAGCCGCCGGCACCGGCGAGCCGACGCACCUUCGACCACUCGUACUCGGACGACAAGACCAACUGGGUGCCGGCCGCCCACCACCAGCCUCAGCCGCCUCCGGACACGGCCUCCGGGGACCCGCCGCCCGUGUGCAGUGUGUGCUCGCGCGUGUUUUCCACCAAGGGCAACCUGAAGCGGCACAUGCUCAUGCACCGGCCCUACCGGCACAAACACCAGUGCACGCUCUGCCUCAAGACGUUCAGUUGGCCCGGUGACCUGCGCACGCAUCUUCGCGUCGCCCACGGCCAGGGCCGUCUCAAGCCCCGUCGGCUGCCCUAUCUGUUCACUUAGCUAUGCUCGGAUGACAUCGUGACUCGUUCGGUUCGGACGACUGUGUUCAGUAUCCUUGUGCGAUGCAGUUCCCCGGUGGAUCACUCGUGAGCAACCUGUCUGUGGCUCGGCCAAUUGACAGGUGUUCAAAGAACAAAGUUCUACUGUGCUUGUGCAGGUUCCGAGCCAAAUCAAAUAGUUGUGCUCAUCGAGGUACACCUCCGUGGUAAAGGAACUACAUGGUGUUCUCGUGUUCUCUUCGACCCAUUGUCAGCACAGUGGGCGCAACUGUUUUGGUAUUUGGCAACUCAGACUUACCAGACCAAGCUGUCUGUGAUGAUGCAGCUGAGCAAGCUUUCUCAGUGAAACUUGUUUUUAAACAAGUACUGACAAAAUGUUUGUCUGCUUUAAUAAAGCAAGAAACACUUUAUUAUACUUCA